AUGGGGAGACGGGCAGCUGACCUGACCACUCCUGUGCCAGUACUGGGAGUUUCCGCCCUGGUGGGGGUGCGUGGUUGGAGGACAGCAGGGGGGGAGAGGGCUGGUGGAGAGCUGCCACUGACAUGGGGUCCCCAGUGCAGCAUCGGAGUGCAGACUUCACCCGGCGUGAGAGCACCCAUUCUGCACGGGACAAAACUAACAGGGACAUUCCCCAGCCAAUCAGAAAGCAGGAUUACUCCUACAUGCAAUGGCUACAUCCCAAAGGAGGCAAAGGAAGAGGAGGGGAUCAGACGGACUAAGAGUGUCAGACAAAGAGGUGUUAUUCCAAAACAGAGGAGUUUAGAUACCAAGACCAAAAAGGGUGUGACUUUUGAAGAGAUUUCCAGUGAGCUCACAGAGAAUGUGGUCUUCAACCAAUGGAAAAGUGGAACUUAUUGCUAUGCCCAAGCAAUCAAGACUAACACACACCUAUCAGGGGGCGUGGGGAAUGGCAAGAUCAAAGGGAGGCGGGACUUGCGCUACACAAAUGGCAGCGUAGUUGACUCGGAGGCUAUAGGAGGGAUUUGUAUGGAUGGCAUUGAUGAGGCGGAGCCUGUCUCGACCAUGUCCUCUCGAGGAGGGGACAAAUCAAAACCUAAAGAACAUUCUGUGGCACAUUCAUAUUGUGGGAAUGCAAAACGACCACCUGCUCCCCCACCUCUCUGGAUGCCCCAGCGGAUGUGCAUACACUGUGGAGGGAGACAGACUGUGGUCCCUGGAGCUGGAGAUGGAGCUGCCAGUCUGGAAAUUAAGAGCCCUUCCUCUGCAUGCCCUGAAGGAACAACAGCAAUGA